GGCCGGGCACUGCAGGACUACACUUCCCGGCAUCCUAGGCGUCCGUAUAUGAUGACGUCACUGCGCGGCGCCCGUGUUUGCGGUAGAAUGUGUCGGGCCCUGUGUUUGGAUGUGGCGGCCGCUCCGGGGCCUCUCGCUGGUCGCUUGUCUUGAGAUGCCUCAUGCUGAGAAGAACUUUCCUAACCAUGUCCAUGAUUUAUCUUUUGAACCUUGCUUAAAAAAGUCCAGGCCGGACUAUUCCUCAUGGGCAAAGAGCUAUACUGAUGUCUACAAGGAGCAUUAUUCAGAAUCAAAGAACUGGAGUUUCUCAUCCGGCUCAGAAGAAAGAUACAAUCCGUCACACAGAUGGGAAAGUGGAACAAGUAGAGGUUACAAAGAUGUAAGACAUGAUACAGAGUCUUAUCUGGAGCCUCAAAGACAUCACUUGGGUCAAGAUGAUGCUAAUAAAAGAGACUGCAGUAAGACCGACAAGUGUCCAUUUGUACCUUCUGGAAGAGAAAAACGGGAAUAUGACCCUGAUGUGACAUUUUCAGGAACCAGUUCCUCUUUUAUAGGACCGCUAUGUCGACCUCCACCUAAAGAAGACUCUGUACCUAAAGUCACUAAAGAUCCAAAUGCUCCUCCUUCCUUCACAAUUGCCACGGUGGAGUUGGGUAAGUCGGCAAGUCAGUCCAAAGGCCAGAAUGGGAUGGACUAUGAACUGCGUCAGUUUUACAAAGAGUUGGAUGAGCUUGAAGCAGAGGCUGAUGACACGACUAAGCCGGUCACUCACACAGAUGUGGACAUCAAGCAGCGUAUCAGCCCUUACCCUGAUAAGACACCAGUGCCACCCACGGCCAACCAUCACCAUGGCCAAGUGCCUGCGUCACAGCCAUUCGGACCUCUCCCCAAUGCAGCUACAAACUUGGUAUCCCUUACCUGCCAUGUUAAAGAAGAACCAAGACCUUCACUACCGCUUCAUAACCAGUUUUCUUGUCCUGGUCCUCCUCCAACAAACUUUUUAUUUGGGGAUCAUUCAAUGCCACCUCCAAGAUUUGAAGGUCCUCCUCCACCUACUUUUAUAGUACCUUAUGGUCCUCCUCCUCCACGAUUCAACUAUCCAAUGACUUUUCCAAGGCCAAGUAAUGCACCACCCCCACCACAGUCUCCCAGCUUUACUUGCAAUGCUAGAAAUGAGCACCCUCCAUGGCCUGGACCACCUUUACCUCCUGAAAGUCGGUCCACCUUUCAGGGGGUUCCAUAUAAUAAACCAUUUUUACAAGGCACAGGUGAAAGGACGUGGAAAGACCCUCAGCAAAGUGAUUUUUGUAGACAGGAAGAUGAACGGAUAUUACCUCAUAUGGAUAAUGUGUCACAUGAGCAGUACAGAUUCAAGGAGAAAAAAGUAUUGGUGCUGUUAAGAGGAGUUCCUGGCUCAGGAAAAAGUACGCUGGCUCGUACUCUGCUCCGCCAGGCUCCUGACGGGAUUGUCCUCAGCACCGAUGAUUACUUUUGCCAGGAAAAUGGAUACACAUACGAUGUGAAAUUGCUUGGGGAUGCCCAUAGCUGGAAUCAGAACAGAGCCAGAAGAGCACUGAAUGACGGGUGUUCUCCUGUUAUUAUCGAUAACACGAAUAUCCAGAGCUGGGAAAUGAAGCCAUAUGUACAGAUGGCCAUAGAUAGGAGCUAUUAUAUAGAAUUUUUGGAGCCCGAUACUUGGUGGAAAAAAGACGCUCAUGAACUGGAAAAGAGGAACACGCACAGAGUCCCACGUGAAAAGAUUUCCCAAAUGUUGGAACGAUACGAGCAUGAUAUGACUGUCCCCGUGGUCAUGAACUCAAUGGAACCCCGUCUUAGUCGCCCUAGUCGCCCACCUCCAGAGGCCCGGCAGAGGUGGGGAGCCUCUGUUGACUGUUCACAUAACAGCUCCUCUUUCCAUAGCAGAUAACAGUCUCCAUCUUGCACAUAUCCCUCCCACAAUGCAUGUGCCCCCUUCCUGCAACUUUUUAUUUUUAAAUUUAAUUUAUAAAUAUGGAUUUACAGAUGCACAGAAGUGUUUUCUGGCAGAUUUGAUGCCAUUCCCUUUUUUAUUUCUGAAGAUUUUAUGGUGCAAGACAAACUGUAUUCUGUAAAUAAGUAUUUAAAGGGGUAUUCCAGGCCAAAACUUUUUUUUUAUAUAUCAACUGGCUCCGGAAAGUUAAACAGAUUUGUAAAUUACUU